CGUUUUCGUCGCUGUGUGGUUUAGUUCUUGCUGGCUGCGGCACUAUCUCUUUUUUGUCUUCGGUGCAAUUUUUUUGACACACGCAGAGUAUAUAUAAUUCACGUUCUCAUAGACACGCUAAAAACGCGUUGCACUUCAUUCCCGAUUCGGUUUUUAUCAGUGAAGUAUGCCUUCUGCUUCAAACAAAUUGGAGAAACAAGCCUCCAUAGGCUCGGUUCAAGGUACUGGUAGUGGAGGUGUUGGUGUUGGUGUUGGUGGUAAUAAUAGUAAUGUUGGUGCCACAAAGAAAUCUCAAGAUGUAAUUAAUAGCAACGCCAAUGUUGUUAGCGACAAUAAUACCACCAGUUCUAGCGUAAAUAAUAAUGCCAACAGUACUACCAAUGAGGGCUCCGUUACCUCGAACAGCAACAAUACAAAGGGGGCUACCAUGAAUCCUGUAUUGGAAGCAAAUAUUCCAAUGAAGCAAACGAUUACCACAAUUGAUCAUAAGAUACGCAAUUUGGAGAAACGCAAGACUAAGUUGGAAUCAUAUCGUACCAUUCAAGCAUCAGGUAAGGAGUUGAGUACCGACCAGAAGGCUGCUGUAGCAAAGUAUGAUGCUGUUAUUGCUACACUUGAAUUCGCACGUGAGCUCUCCAAGCAAAUGUGGCAAUUUGUGAAGGAUGCUGAAAAGGAGCAAAGGAAACAAGCACGCAAGGAUGUUAUUACGCGUGCACUGGCUGAGACUGUCAAAAUACGUGAAGUUUUAGUUAUUCAAAAUAUUAUUAAUUGCUUCAACGAUGAAUCCAUACGCGCCGACUUUUUGAAUGGUGAGAAUGGCGCUUCUAAGUUGGAAACUGCUGAUGUGGAUUUACUGAUGAAAUUUGGUGGUGAUGUUCAAACUACCCGUCCUGAGUCUACCGAAGAUUUACCUUUUCUGUCAACCGCUCAAAAAGCUGCCGAACUUUUUUCCAUGACUAUUGAUGGACGCCCGAAAGCGUAUGCUGAAAACAUUACUUACGAUCAGCUAAGGCGGGUUUUCAAUCAAAUUCAGGAGUCUGGUUAUUUGGAUAAAGUCUAUAUGGUCGUUCCGGAGCCAGAGGUUGAGGUAAAGGAAGAAGAGGAAGAGUUUAAUAACGCCGCCGACAAUGAAGAGUUGGUUAAUACCGAAGAAUUACCUUUGGAAGAAGGAAUGGAAAAGUUAAAUGUCGCAAAUGCUGAUGGAGAAGAAGAAUUGGAUGAACAGAAUGCGAAUUUAGGUGGUGUUGGCGAUGAAGCUAUUAAUCUCACAUCGCACGUUCUCUCCAACGAUUUGCAGCAGCAGCAGCAGCAACAAUCGCAACCAUUGCCGCAACAUAUUGUACCACAGCAAGCAGCUAAAGAGCACCUUGAUGUACAACAACAAGUUCAGGCUGGUAUACCAACACAGUCGUCACAGCAGCAUAAUGCCGCUGUUAUGCAGCCACCACCACACAAUGCUAUGACAAGUGGUGCAGUGCCCAAUUUUCAGACCCAAUUACAAGCGCCCGGUGGCGCACCAGUUCAUGUAGCCAUGUUUGCAGCACAACAAAUGCAAGGAGCGCCACCACAAUUGCAACAAGUACCACCUGGCAGUAUUAUUGGUGUACCGCAAGUACCACAAUUGGUGCCGCUGGGGCACUCACCACCACAACAGCAACGUCAAAUGAUAGCUAGCGACGGCACAUCUGUGAACGCUCCCCAAUUGCCACAAGGCGCAAUCCCAAUUCAUGGUGCCCCACAACCACCACCGGGACAUUUUACACCAACCACUGUACGCGCCGUGGAGCAGGGCUUAUUUCCACAUAAUCGACAACAGUUUAUGCAGCAACAGAUGCGUCCAGUUGCCGAAAUCAUUGGCAAUGGUAGUUUCUAUUUUUUACAAGAAAGUGAACUCGAUUCCCCUGAGUUAGGUGGCAAUGCGCCUAUUGGUAGUGUUGUAUUUGAGCAGCAGCAGCAGCCACCACAACAGCAACAGCAGCAACCAAUUUCACAGGAUAAUCUCUCACAAGCUCAACAACAAUUGCAACAACAAAACUUAUUAGGUCAUGGCGGUGAUAUGCAAACAGCGGAGCUGCAUAAAUCACAACAGCAACAUCACUUGCAACAACAGCAACUCUUGCAACAACAACACCAACAGGCCCAACAAUCUCAACCCCAGCAGACAAUUCCAACGCAAACAUUCACUAAUCAGUCAUUCCCACCCAUGCAGGCGGCAUCAAGUGUUGCACCGCCAACAAGCGGCAACACCAGCAACACGCCCACACUAGCAAGCAGUACACCUAGCCCUAUGUUCCAACAACAACAACAUCAGCAGCAGCAACAACAACAGCCAAAGCAUCCACAAUUGUUUUCGCCUGUCGGUGGUCCUGGCAUGUCGUCGCAAGAUGUCGCCGCCGCUGCCGCACAUCAGCAACAGUUGUUGCUUACGGAACAGCAGCAGCAACAACAGCAACAGCAACAGCCACAACAACCUCCAAUAAUGAUUAUGGCACGCAUGGCUGCGCCGCAAGCUCGCUUACCACAACAAAAUACACAGCAACAACAACUGCAGCAGCAACAGCAGGUGCAACACCAACAGCAGCAAGCUCAACAAUCACAAUCCCCAUUGGGCAUGCAACCCGGUGAUGUACGUGUGUCGGAUGUCACCAGCGCUGGUUUUCUCGGCUUCGAUAGUAAUGUUGUAAACUUGACGUACGAGCAACAAAUGCAACAACAAUUGGCCGCAGUGGCAAAAGCUAGUGCUGCUGCCGCCGCCGCUGCUGCAGCUGCUGCCUCAGGUGAGAUGAAGGUCGCGGAAGAAUUGAACGCACAACACAGCAAAUACAAUGCCAGCGAAUCGGUGAUAGUCAACGAAUGGGAUGCCAUGUCAAAAGCCAACGCGGCCAGUCUGCGUUCAGCCGCCAGUAUUGGCAGUAAUGUUGUCACCAAUGCCGCAGCAACUGCAGCGCUUGCCAAUGCUUUGAAGUCCAGUAGUGGCGUGAGCAGCAGCAGCAGUGUGGGUGGUGCAAGCAGCGCACUGGAAGCGCCCACCAAAUGGAGCGCUGAAAUGAAUGCGCUCUCAAAUCCGUCGACCCCCAGCGGUAAUAGCGAGCGUAUUGGUAAAAUAGAAUGGACGUCGAGCAACAGCAGUGGCGCCGGUAGUGGCGGAACGGGCGGCAUCGGUGGCAACAGUGGCGCUGGCAGUAGUGUAGGUGGCGCCGGCUACGGCGAUGGUGGUGGCACGCAGUCGACAGGUAGCGCGCAUGAAUCCAACCACUGGGGCUCGAACCAGCAACAGGAUGGAGGUCACUACAACAACGGCCGCCAGUUCCAGCGACGUCGCGGCCGUGGUAGUUAUGGCAAUUCACAACAGAACGGCGGUGGACGUGGUGGUAGUGGUGGCAUCUACUUCCGCAACAAUGAUAAUUCGUCGAGUGGCUCAUACUACCAAAACGGCAGCGGCAACAUGUACUCCAACAAAGAUAAUGGCUCGCGUUAUGAUUCCGGCAACUACCGUGGUCCGCGCAGCGGUGGCGGUAACGGCGGUGGUAGCAGUGCUGGUGGCACAGGCGGUAAUGGACGUGGUAAUGCGCCACCUUCACGGCCACUCGGCGGGCGUAACAGUGCUGGCGGUCAAACCAAUACGUCGUCCGGUUCCUACAUGAGCCGGUCAUCGCAACGCAUGCCAAUGGGUUUGGAUAAUAAAAACUGAAGUGUACGAAAUUCAAACAAUGUGACACUUACAUGAAAGAAUACAGGUUAGAAGCGAAACAUGGUGAGCGUGUGUUAGAAUUGAAGUAACGGCAUUGAAGCAGAAGGCAGAAUGAUUGAUGAGAACCUUUUAAAAAAAAAUCGUAAAUACAUAUAUAUAUAUGUAUAUGAAUAUAUAUAUACAUAUAAACGGGAAGCAAAAAUGAAAAAAGAAUAUUACAUAAAUACAUACAUACAAAACACAUAUAUAUACAUACACAUACACUUACAUAUAGAAACUGAAAACAAAAACUAAAAAAAAAAAAAAAACAUUUAACCUUUAAUUAGUAGUGUGGCAAAAGUCAAAGUUGCAGUUCAUAGUAGCAGCGGUGACCACCAAAGCACACAUAAAGCAACCGAAACUGCAACAAAACAGCAACAACAAAUGAAUGUAAACAUAUAUACGCGCGCGCGCUUAUAAUUAAUUUCGUAAACAAAAAUUACAAAGCAAACAGCAAAACAAAACAAAAAAAUGCGUGAAAAAAAAUAAAAGAUAAAAAGCGGAGAACUAAAGAAAACGAGAUAAGGAAGAAGAAGAAGAAAAAGAAUAUUAUAUUUAAAGAAAUGCAAGAAAACUUUAUGCUAAUUUCAAUUACAGAAAUACUUAUUUAUGUUCAUUUUUUUUCUAAUAAAUAAAUAUUAUAAAUGUAUGUAAUUGCUCUUUCAUCAUGUAAGCCAGCGGAACGGAAGCAUAGAACGAUGACGAAAACGUAGCGGAAACAUGCAUAUGAGAUCAGUAGAAGAAACAAAACAAACGACACAAUUUCAAAUAAGAGAAAAUUAUUUUCGCAAAAAAAAAAUAUUUAAAUUUUCAAAACACUGCGAAAAAAUACGAGCGAAAUAAGAGGCGUUUUAGAAGCUUUAAGCUUAAGCCAAAUAAAGUCAAAACAAAAAAUUCAAACUUAUAACAAAAAAAAAAAAA